UUAUUGACCAAAAGGAUAAAUGUUUGCCCAUAGUUUACACAACAUAACCAUUGCAUCAGUCUCUCAGUGUACUGGCAGCAGCAUGUCUUCUCUGUCCAUUCCUCCACCAGCAUGUCUGUUACAGCCCUUCCCCGUCCCCCAGCGUCUCAUGCUCGGGCCAGGACCAUCCAAUGUACCUGCACGGAUCUCAGCGGCUGGGGCACAGCCCAUGCUUGGCCACCUGCAUACAGAAACCAUUGAGAUAAUGAAUCAUAUCAAGAGUGGAAUUCAGUAUGUAUUUCAGACUCAAAAUAGAGUGACUCUGGCUGUGAGUGGACCAGGUCACGCAGCUAUGGAGUGUGCCAUCUUUAACUCACUGGAGCCUGGAGAAAGUGUGCUCAUUGCAGUCAAUGGCAUAUGGGGAGAGAGGGCUGCGGAGAUUGCUGAGAGGAUAGGGGCAAAGGUGAACACAAUUGUAACCUCUGCUGGUGGUUACUUUAAAAUUGAGGAAAUUGAGCAGGCAUUAGACAAAUAUAGACCAGUGGUGUUCUUUAUCACCCAUGGCGAAUCUUCCACAGGAGUGGUUCACCCCAUAGACGGCAUAGGUGACCUUUGCCACAAGUACAACUGUUUGUUUCUGGUUGAUUCUGUAGCUGCACUGGGAGGUGCUCCUAUCUACAUGGAUAAACAAGGUAUUGACAUUAUGUAUACCGGCUCUCAGAAGGUCUUAAACGCCCCACCAGGAACAGCGCCAAUCUCUUUCAGCGAGAGAGCAUGCCAGAAAAUAUUCAACAGGAAGACAAAGCCAAUCUCGUACUUUCUGGACAUGAGCUGGUUGGCAAAUUAUUGGGGUUGUGAUGACAAGCCUGUACGCGCUUAUCACCACACUGGACCUGUCUCUGCUUUCUAUUGUCUACGGGAGAGUCUGGCAAUCGUUGCAGAAACUGGUCUUGAGAAAAUGUGGAAACAACACGGAGAAGUCGCAGAAUACUUUCAUAAAGGCCUAGAGGAGAUGGGCCUAAAACUGUUUGUGCAGGACAAGAAAGCAAGACUUCCCACAGUGACCACAAUAGUAGCUCCACCAGGAUAUGACUGGCGAGAGAUCACUGGGUAUAUUAUGAAGACCUAUAACAUUGAAAUCUCUGGGGGUCUGGGGCCAUCUGCUGGUGUGGUUUUGCGUGUGGGUUUGAUGGGAUGUAACAGCAGCAAGGCCAAUGUGGACAAGGUGUUAGAAGCUUUGGCUGAUGCUCUUAAACACUGCCAUAAGAGCAAAGUAUGACAGUGUAUAUAUUAAAUACACAAAUAUGAAAUUAUAUUAUUAUAUAUUAUGUUAUAUAAUAAAGUUUAUUAAUUAGUGGGUUCAAUAAAUUAUUAUAAAUUAUGUUCAAAAAAUUAUGGGUUUCAUAAAAUGUGCUAAUCAUAUUCAGGUUAAGUGUCAGGAAUAACUUAAUCCAAGGACAGACAGCGAUAACUCAAGGUUUUUAUAAAGCAAACUAAAUAUAAAAAAAUAGAAAAGGCCUAUAAACAAUCAACAGGGUCAGUGCAAAAUAGCAAAUCAAACAAAUAAAAAGAAGGGGAUAAAACAAGAGAAAACUGUGACAAAAACACUAAACAUUGCGCUUAACUUCACUUUUUUAAACACAUAAAUAAUCACUAAGAAUUACAAACACAAAAAAAAAUCCUUCUUUUUAAAAGUUAUUCCUUGACAGCAAUUAUUUGGUAAGUUAAUUUUUUAUGGCUGAUUUCAUAAAUAUUUUGUAAAUUACUAGCCUUACAUAAAGGGUGAUUUUUACCUGCUAUACCCUACAUUGAAUUUAACUUACCUUAAUCUCUCAGCGAGUGUCCUCUCUUUGGGUCUUGCAGACAUGACCACCAUUCCACUAACAGGGGCCAGGGCCUGGUUUGACUUUACAUGGGCUAUGUUUAUUAGAGAAUAUCUGUAUUACUUGAUCCUAUAGAUGCAGUCUGAAAUAUAACAGUUGGCUAAAUAAUUCAAAAGAACUGACAGAAAAAAAAACUGUGCUGGUGCUACGUCUCUCCUCUACAUUUACAUUAUACAUUUGGCAGAUGCUUUUAUCCAAAGUGACUUUUCUGUAUGUAUGUUCCCUAAUAAUAAAAAGCUUAAAUCAUG